AUGGAGGAGGCACGGUUGGUUCUUGAGGAGUCGUUUAUCAACGAGCGCGAAAGCGGUUCUGUGACUGAGCUUGCUGGUUCGCACACGGUCGAGGACGCCAAUUGUUUUGCAGAUGAGAACGACACCUUCUUGGCAGAAGAGCCGGCCUCUGAUUCGCCGGCUCCUGCUGGGGAAUCGGCUCGCCUUGCUGAUGCUUUGGGGGGCAAGGGCAAGCAGAUCGGGAGCCAGAUCCUUCAAUGCUUGAACCGGCUCAACGACAGCUUCACUCAGUUGACCGACAAGGAGGCCGAGGUGUUGGUGGACACCGAAGGCACGAACCUGGAAGCCCACAAGUCUUCCAUCAUGAGCCUCUUUGUCAAGUGCACCAAGGUAGAUGCCAAAGGUGUGGUCCGCUUUGCUGCCGUUGCAUCCCGAAGAAUGAAGAAGCUAGGUGUGGUCGAUCCCGAGCUGGACGAGAUAGCACGCCUGGGUACAGGAAAAGGCUACAGCAAUUCCGCCCGAAACCUACAUAACUUCCUGCAUCGCAAAGGAAAAACGCUGCCUGUGAUCAUCUCUUGUGUGAAGCUGAAUAUCCGACGCCCCAAGAAAGGGGGUGGUGAAUUUGUCACAGACUAUCCCCUGAUGUACUUGUCGAGUUGGAUGAAGUGCAUCUUGCAGAGUGGUGGUGAAUUCCUGUUAGGUGGCUGGACUACUGACCAGCCAGACAACUACAAGCGGAUGCUUUCCAGAUUCUGGGAAAGGUAUCAAGUGGUGAAUGCAGACCAUGCAAUAUAUUCCGAGAAGUCCGUCGAGCAGCGGGCAUUUACAAUACCAGUUGCAGUGCAUGGUGACGAAGGAAGGGGGCUGGCAAAACUGCCAGUGCUUGUCGAAUCAUAUCAACCAAUUUUGACGGGGUGUGGUGAAGACAAACUCAACCUGGUUGGGCAUACCUACACCACGCGCAUGCUGGCUACAAUCCUGCCAUCAGCAUGUUAUGCCCAGAAAGACAAGUCGGUGGACGGCCUCCACAGGGCCAUAGCCGAUGAUCUGAUUGCCUCGUUUCGCGACGGAGUGACUGUUGAAGCCGGGAAAGGGGCCGCACAGUUUUGA